UUUCCCGCCUUCUACGCGGGAAGUUGUCACUUGUAGAAUGAGUUGGCACACACGCCGGAAGUAGAUUAGUGUGGCGUGGGAUCAGUGUGCAGCAAGAGUUUUGACACUUUCCCGCAGGCCUUUCAGUGAAUAUUUCUGCUUUUACCUCAAAUUCUACUUACAGGUAAAUCAUGAGUCUUCAGUGGACGGCUGUGGCAACGUUUCUGUAUGCUGAGGUGUUUGCGGUUCUACUUCUGUGUGUCCCCUUCAUCUCCCCAAAACGAUGGAGCAGAUUUUUCAAGUCUAGACUGGUCGCUGUCAUCACAACGUAUGGAAACACUGCCUUCAUCGUCAUCAUUUGUAUUCUUGUCUUUCUGCUCAUAGAUGCAUUUAGAGAAGUGAGAAAAUACAGUGUGACAGAGAAAGUGGAUCUGAGCAACAACCCCGUGGCCAUUGAGCACAUGCACAUGAAGCUCUUCAGAGCCCAGAGGAACGAGUACAUCGCCGGCUUUGCCCUGCUCCUGUGUUUGCUGCUGAGACGUCUGGCAACUCUGCUGUCUCAGCAGGCUACACUGAUGGCCUCUAAUGAAGCCUUUAAAAAGCAGGCAGAGGGAGCAAAUGAUGCUGCAAAGAAGUACAUGGAGGAAAAUGAGAAACUGCAGGAGAAACUGCGGGACGCGGGCGUCGAAGUGCCUGAAGUGGGUGGAAAGGCCAAGGGUGGCGUAGAGGAGGAUAAGAAAAAUCUGACAGAAGAGGUCAGGAAACUGAAGGAUGAACUCGACGCAACAAAGAAAGCUCUUCAGAAGUCAGACAGCGAUGUGAAGGCCAUGAAGAAGCAGGCUGAGAGCCUCACAGCAGAGUACGACCGUCUGCUGGAGGAGCACGGCAGACUGCAGGCCAAAUGUGACGCUCAACAGGACAAGAAGUCAGACUGAACAAAAACCACCAUGCACCUGCUCUCUUUCCUGCAUCCUCAUUGGCUGAUAGCAGCUCAGCUGGGCAGCGCAUCACUUCUCUGGCUGUGUAAGAACAGGAUUCCGUUCUUCAUGCAUGCGCUUUCAUGUGAUUCAUUAAAGCCUCUGUAGGGUUUUCACGCACUGUAAUACCUUUUCUUUCCAUUUUUGUUGUAAACAUAUGGUGUUUAAAAUGUUUCAGUCAUAAUAUAUCAGUUUAGAAUUGAACGAGUAUUAACAUUUCUUGAUGUGUCAUGUUUGUUAUGUCGGAUACAUUGAGCCUAAUCCAUGAAACACAAGCAGGGUGAAUUUCUGUGGACAAAUCAUUCUUACUUAAAGUAAUAGUUCAUCCAAAAAUAUAAAUUAGAUGGAAAAUUGACUCAUUAUCAAGCCAUCCAAGACUAGUUUGUUUCUUCAUCGGAACAUAUCUGAAGUUGUUAUUAUUAAAAAUGUCUCAAGAUGUUAAUUGAUGGAUCUCAUUCUGACGGCACCCAUUCACUGCAGAGGAACCACUGAUAAACAAGUGAACGGCCUGAGGGAGAGUACACUUUCAGAUGUUUAAUUCUUUUAAAAAGCCACAUUGAAUAGAAUGCAUCAAUUAACAUAAGCAUGAUUAAAAAAAAAAAAAAAAAGUUUGCACAGAUUCAUUCAGCUUGUGAUUCAUAAAUAAGUCCCUUUGUUUAUAUGGAAGGAUCAAGAAAAACUACAGGAUAUUCUAGAUGAGAUGCUUUUGAUUGGAUUUCAACUGAACUGCUUUAAUUUUCUUGCCUUAUAAGAGAAACCUUAAAAAUGUCCUUAUGAAAAUGGAGAUUUGGUUGCAGUACAGAUGCAUGUCUUUGUUAAUUUUAGGUCUUUGAUUUAAAGAACACACGUCACUUAACACCCAGUAAGCACUUAAGACAGAAAAUCCCUCCAGUUUAUGAUCGACAAGCCUCAUUUGUCAGUUUGACUGUCAUGCUAUAGGAAGAUAUUUUGGUUUUAUUAUGUCUUGGGUGUGGCACAGCCUCCUUUUUUCAGUUCUAUUGUAGAGCAGAGCGAGUAAACUGCUUCUUUCCAGUCCUGUCUGGUUUGAGGCCACACAAUCUGAUAGGAGCGCUGCAGGGCUGUUACAUUGGGUAAGAAUGCUGCUUUGGCAGGAACAGUAAAGCAUCCGCAGCUGAUAUUGUGUUUCAAAACACAGCACACUGUAUCUCUCGCCCUCUAGGUAUUGAAAUGAUAUUCAUGUUGCAUUUGAGGGCCACGUGUUAGUUUUGCAUUAACCACGCAGAUAACAUUUAACAUAACUUAAGGUCACCGGGGUGAACGCCGUUCACUUAAUGUCACUCUUGCCGUUUUUCAGUUUUUGUGCUCUGGGUUUCUUCGCUUCUUUUCUGGCAUGUGUAAAUAAAUAUCUUUGUGACCUUAGAGCAGUGCAUCUGGAAUGACAUCAUAGCCGUGUUAAAAUAGGGAUUAACGAUCGCACAGUUUUGGGAUCCUAGGGGAAAGGGCAUUGGGAUCACUGCCACAUUGUCGGAUAAUACAUAGUCAAGACCUCCUGGAAGGUUACUGUUCAUGAGAAUGUGAGGAAUGACAUCUGCUGCCAGGACUCUAGUUUACUAUUUCACGCGCUCAAUGAUGGGUUAGAUUAGUGACAUUUUAACCAGAGCACCAGUUCAAUGAAAAUGUCAGUGGAUUCCUGGAGAUGGCAGGAGUUCAGUUUAAUUAAUAGAUGGGCGGUCAUUUCAUAUUGUGUAAUUUUCAGACCCGUAAAUAAACAAGUGAACUGUGUAGUACUGUUAAAGGGGCUCUUUCUUCAUAGGUGUUCCCAAAUGUAGCAGCGGCUUUGUUACGUCAGGUUUUUUCUUUGUGUUCUUGGAGAGAAACGUGCAUUGAGAUGUUGGCAAUGUUGGAAUAAACAAUACUUGGGCGUUGUGGAACAUGUUUUGAUUGCGUAGGUGUGUGAAUGCACGGUUCUUCUAGUUAAUGCUGUUGUCUGCCUCAAAUGUCUUCAGGAAGGUUUUGUUUGAGGUGACGUCAGUCUGCAUUACUUCACUACAAAAUCUGUGUUAUGUGUUCUGAUGAUGUGCUUUAGUUGGGAUGUUGUGAAACCAAACCAAUAAAUUCUACUUCAUUUA